AUGGCGGAGCGCAAGCCCUUCCACUUGUCCCCUCAGCCAGUUGGUGGUGGGGGCGGGCCCAGAGGGCCAAUGCCAGUGGGUAUUGACUCUCCAAUUUGGUUGAGUGCCCAUGCGGCCCCUGGCAGUUUGAUGGUCAGGCCGGGUAUCCAGAUGGGAAUCUCCCCGAGCCCUGAGGUGUGGGCGGUGCCCCUGAAUCCCCCGUCAUACAAAUUGCGGGGCGGGGCGGUGCCCUGCGAGGCCCGGGUCGGAGCUGGCGAGGCGGGGACCUGGCUGCAGAGCCCUUCGGAAGGCACUCUCCGUGGGCCUCUCAGCGCCCUGCGGUACAUCCCGAGGUUGGCGCUGCCCGAGGACACCUCGGCCGUGGAGAAAGAGAUGGAACAGCUGGCCAAGGAGCUGAGAGAGAGGAGGAUGACCCUUGGGUACUCGCAGGCCGACGUGGGGUUCGCUGUGGGAGCUCUUUUUGGAAAGGUGCUUAGCCAGACGACCAUCUGCCGCUUCGAGGCCCAGCAGCUCAGCCUCGCCAACAGGUGGAAGCUGCGCCCGUUGCUGAGAAAGUGGCUGGAGGAAGUGGAUACCAAGAACCUUCUGGGCUUAUGCAGAAUGGAGAUGAUCCUGCACCAGGCUCAGAAGUGGAGACGGGCAAGCAGGGAGAGGCGCAUCGGAAACAACCUGGAGCAAUUCUUCCUGCAGUGCCCGAAGCCCACAGCCCAGCAAAUGAGCCGCAUCGCUGGGCAUCUUCGGCUGCGGAAGGACCUGGUCCAAGUUUGGUUCUAUAACCGGAGCAAGAUGGGCAGUCUGCCAACGAAUGAUUUCUGUCCACCGGAGGAGGUGGGGGUUGCCAGGCCUCCUUUCCCAGGGGGAACAGUAUGCUUUCCCCUAGCAUCGGGGCUCCGUUUUGUUCCCCCCAGCUAUGGGGGACCUUACUUUACACCCGUGUACUCCUCAGCCCCUUUCCCUGAGGGAGGCGCCCUCCUCUCUGCCCCCAGCACCACUCCGGGCGCCCCCAGGCUUUCCAACUGAGGGCCUGCCCUUCUGGGGAGAGCCGUGCUGGGAAACAUCCCUGGCGCUCCCCUUGGGGCUUCAGCAUUAGUUCUGGUUCACUGUCGAA